AUUGGCCAAAUUAUCCAUGAGCUGCUUGUGAUCCAGGCCUUGCGACCUGACCGUAUAAUGGCGAUGGGACAUAGGGUCGUGGGAAGGAUUCUUGGUGAAAGCUUCAUGCAUGAUGCCGAGCAAGGACUGGACUUAGCUUCCGUAGUGGAGCAUGAGGUUUGCUUGUUUGCUUUUUAUUUGUAUAUGUUUUUUUGUUUGUUUGUUCGUUAUUAAAUUCACUGUAGGCCUUAAACAGUCCGUAUUAUUGCGUGCUUGGUCUGUAUUUGAUUAAUGACCUCAAAGGGCCUGCUGCACUGGCUCGCGUACGUGGGGCGUUUUCGAUUUUAAAUUCAAAGUAAUUUCAAAGUUGGUUCCCUUGGAAAAUGCUAAAAUAUGCCAAACCAACUGUGUGCAAGAAAUCAUUUCUUAUUAGUAGGUCGUUUUCAUAUCGAUCUUAUCGUUCUUAAUUUUUUUUGUGAAGAUUAUGGAGAAAUUUGCUGUCCCUUAGUGGAGUUAACUAAGUGGAUAUGCACUAAAGCAUCCUUUGCCACGUAGAGCCACCCUACAAUGUAUAUAAACAAAAUGUGCGCGUUUUAGAAAACUUCAAGGGCAUGUGUUGCCAAGCCGCAUGUGACAACAACAAAUUCUCCCUGGCGAAGUAGCAAAGUUAUUUGAUUUCUGUUGGUUGAAAUGCCUUUUUGUGUGGCUUACAGCAGUACAGGCGAAUUAUCUUUAGGCAGGUCAUUUAACCCUUUACUGGUAGCGAAAGAAAAGAAAUUCACACAAAUCGUAAAAAACAAAUACUAUCAUAGAACAGUUCUGUCAAAUAGGUUUCAUUUGAAUGGUAACACUAUUGGGUUUACUCCAAGGAUUUAAAAGUUAGAGUCACAGUUUUACCAUCACAUUGUCUAGGAGUGAGGGGUUAAUGGAAAAUGCAGUACAUGGGUAACCACGUUCUGUUUGAAUUCAACAGGUGAAGGCGAAUACUCCUCUACUGAUGUGCUCUGUGACAGGUUAUGAUGCCAGUGGUUGGGUAGAUGAUCUGGCAGCAGAACAAAACAAGCAAUGCACUUCCAUUGCUAUUGGUAAGAGAUGGAACUUCCCUAAGAUCUUGGCCUGUAACAUUUGAGCCUUUGUAGUGCUCGGGAAUGUAUAUUUUCGCUGUUCACUGUCCUGUGUAUCUUGGUGACCUGUGGCCACUUGCCUACCCUGUGCUUUGGCUGUUAACUCUCCUGUGUAUUUCGGUGACCUUUGGUCACUUGCCUACCUUGUGCUUAUCCACUUCACUGCGUUAAACGUUUCCUCGGUUUGGUUUUGACAGGUUCUGCCGAAGGAUUCAGUCUUGCUGAUAAAGCCAUCAACUCGGCCACUAAAUCUGGCAGGUAAGUGUUAGUGUAAGAAUCGUAUUCGGUUUGUAGAAGAGCAGCACAGCAGUAAAAGCACUGCUCUGUAGCUUUCAUUUGAGUUGUCACUCUGAAAAGAUUUCGUGCACAAACUCAAAAGUUUGAACCACUUUGUACAGCAUAAUAUACAGUACCACAGGAAAGCACUGCUCAGUAGCUUUCAUUUGAAUGGUCACGCUUUUGGAAUUCAGUCACAAACUCAAAAGUUAGAACCUCCAACAUUUCACAGCAUGAUAAACAGUAUCACAGAAAAGUAUCGCUUUGCCUAUUCACAUUUUACUCCUGUUCUUUCUCCGACCCUGAGUAGACUUAACCCUUUAAGUUCCAAUAGUGACUAACAUCAAUUUUCUCCUUACAAUAUCAAUAGACAAUCAAGAGGAAAGGUUAUGGGAAUUUAUAAAAUGACCGCCAAAUGAGAAAUGCUUUGAUCUUUUAUCAAGUUCUCUCAACUCAUACUUAAAGGAAAUAUAUAGAGAUCAGUUUGGAGAAUUUGUAUGUGGAUAUUGGGGCUUAAUAUUUGGUUCCUCUUUACUUUAGAUGGGUUUUGCUGAAGAAUGUCCACCUGGCGCCUCAGUGGCUGGUAACACUGGAAAAGAAAUUGCACACCUUGAACCCACACGCUGCCUUCAGGUUGUUUAUGACCAUGGAAAUCAAUCCAAAGGUAUACUCUUGAUCUUGUAGACUUGGGGAGCUUUCAUUUAAUUUGACUGGGUUGGGAACGGGGUGGGUAGAGGUCAAAGUCCGUUGACAUGUCUUCAAAAUAGUCCUAACCCCCACCCCUCUGUAGUCAACAAAACAAUUCACACCCCCUACAGAGUAGCCUGUGUCAGACAAGCUGUACACAGGUUAUCUACAGGGCUUACCAAAGAAUACAGACCCCCACACCGGUCAUAAUGAAUCAAAGCCCCAUAUAUCAGUCCCAUGUAAAAUGAACAAACUUCAAGCCGCUUCACUCAUGUUUUGCGACUUAACUUGCGGACAAGUGUAUCGAUUAUUGUGUUAACGGGCGAACAAAAGUUCUCUUGGGUAGACAUGAGAUAAACCAGACAUGGAUAAAGCAAAAUGGAACAUUUUUAAAAAUCACUCAAUUGAAAAUACUGUUUUUGUUACAACAGGUUCCUGUGAACUUGCUGAGAGCGUCUCGGGUAUUUGUAUUUGAGCCUCCGCCUGGAGUCAAAGCCAACUUGUUAAGAACGUUCAGCGCUGUGCCAGCUACAAGGAUGUGUAAGGUAAGUUUCGUCUGUGAAAAUCUUGCAGAGGGGAAGUACCUCUUUUGAGUUGGAACUGCACCAGGGUUCCCACGGGUCGUGGAAAACCUGGAAAUUUGAAAAUUUAAUUUUCCAGGCCUGGAAAGCCAUGGAAUUUAAUUGUCAGUCCUGGUAAGUUGUGGUACUUUAAAGUCAUUUUUAGUAUGUUAAAUGUAGUCGCUGCUAAUGUCAAAGCAAGGACAAAGUUAGAUACAGUUGUAGAGACGAGUAAUUAAACAUGGCGAACAGCACGCAUUUUAACUUAGUUAAGUAAAAAAAUACCCUAAAACAAGGAAGGUUUGAAAAAUUUCGAUACUGACAGCUAAACCUAAGGUCAUGGAAAAAGUCACGGAAAUUCACGGGAUUUGAAGAGCUCAAAGAGAAAAAACAGAACUUUUUGUGUGAAAGUAUCAUUAAAACUUGUGUCUUCCUGAGGUGAAUUUCAUGUUGAAGUUGAGGAUGUUAUCCAAUAUUUUGUUAAUUAACUGGUAAUCACGUUUUGCCAUUUUAAUUUUCUUAGGCCCCCAGUGAACGUGCCCGUCUAUAUUUCCUGCUCGCGUGGUUCCAUGCCAUCGUUCAAGAACGCUUGCGUUACGCUCCUCUUGGUUGGUCCAAGCGUUACGAGUUCAGCGAGUCUGAUCUGCGAGUGGCGUGUGACACACUAGAUACCUGGUUAGAUGCAGUUGCCCAGGUGUGUGACUUAAGGUGUUUGUUUUUCAGUAACGCAAUCGUAAGAGUAUAUGGUCACGGUGAUAAAGUUUUCAAUGCCUGAAAUGUAGAAGUACAUUGUUGUUACAAAUUUUUGUUGUAGAAGAGUGUCUAGUCUAGUUUUUUAGUGGUCAACAACAAUUUUAUCUGUUAGAAGUUGUUUUGGACACUCCUUUUUCUGAAAUCGAAGAUUAAGUGAUGGUGAAUUUCAAAUCUGUACGCGAAAAUCGUGCUUAAAUUCGUCUCCGUUUUGCUUUUGUUAGCUUAAAGUGACCUAACUCACUCAAAAGUGUUUUGUUUUGCUCCUAGGGCCGUACCAAUCUGCCGCCCAACAAAGUUCCAUGGGACGCCCUUCAAGCUCUUCUGUCUCAGGCCAUUUAUGGCGGGCGCAUCGACAACGACUUUGAUCAGGUUUGAAUUAAGCUCUCUCUUUAGGGGAAAACACAUGCUUUUGUCAACGCGUUAUUGAAGCAUUAUUUUCGUCCUCUUUUAGCGCCUGUUGACUUCCUUUGUGAACCGCUUAUUCACCGUCAGCAGCUUUGAGUCUGAUUUCCCAUUGGUUCUUGAUGUGGAUGGAGAAAAAGGCAAGAAAAUUGUCAUGCCAGAAGGAAUCAGGUACGUUUUUAAGCUCGUUCGGUUUAUCCCUUUCUAAGCCAAAUACUUAAAUGAUAAAGAAUUGCCAAAGUGCUGGUCGAAAUUUAAACAGCAAGUCGCGUAUCCACUCGAUAUUUGGUCAGCAGUUUAGUAUCUUGGCUCAUGCGCUAAUCUUUUUUGUCCACAUUUCAGCGUGUGCGUGGCGCGCUAUCCAACGAUUUAACUUCCUCUUUCUUAAUCCAAAGCAUAAUCGGGCCUUUACUCGACCUGAAACUUGUAUUUAAUUCUUUUAAUGGGAAAAAAGCUUCUGUACGACCUUUUUGAGAUUUUGCUGGUAAUUUCCUCACUAGAUUAUCUGGUUAAGUUUACAGGGGUUGUUAUCAGGCCCAGCUCCGUAGGCAAAAAAGCAAGCAGCCUAUAAGGGAUGGAUUUGAAAAUUCAGUCAUUUAACUUUUUACAGCUGUUAGGAUCUUUAAGCAGAAUAAUUUCCUGACCUCGUUUUUUAUCAACUCAUUUAGACGUGAACAGUUCCUGCAGUGGACUGAAGCUCUUCCGGAUGCUCAGUCUCCCUCGUGGCUCGGCCUGCCCAACAACGCAGAAAAAGUUCUUCUCACUACUCAAGGUAUUUUAAGUUACCGACCUUCGUCACGAUAUUCAAGGCAACACAAAUGAGUUGUUCGACUUCCCGAGGGAAGUGGAAGCAUCCCUCAGCCUUGUCUGGCCAAGACAGGUUUGAUGUGGGUGGUAAAAGGCGCAACAUCGCUAUUCAACUCGUUUCGCGUGUUUUGUUGUUGCCCGUUUUACCGUACCUUAAUGCAUGCUCUAUAAUUUUUGCCACUCAUCACUUAUAUAUUUUUGUGCGCUCACAAGCACUGGGAACACUGGGAUGGGUAUCAUAUCCUGGGAGAAUGUAUCGAUGCAACCCUAGCCCCUUUGAGCGAAACCGGACUGUAAACUGAAUGAACAUCGUUCACUUUAAGCCAGCUGUAUUCUUAUUUUCAAUAUCUGUGAAACCUCUGAAAGACCGUGAUAUCGUUUUUAUUUAUUCUUGAAACAUAUUUUACGCAACACUUACAACACCCUAUUUCCCAUCUGUAGGCCAAGACAUGGUUACUAAGCUACUGAAGAUGCAGAUGUUGAGUGAUGAUGACGAGCUUGCCUAUUCCCCAGACUCCGCUAGGUAAGUAUUGACCGUGACAACCCAAUCUAAGAUUGGUAACCGCUCUUGAUUUCAGUGUUACUAUUUAGGAAGGAAAUAUAGACAGGCUUAAAAAAACUUUCAUAACUUGGUAAAAUUGAUUCUUACAUUUCUUUUCAAAAGUAACGACUUACCGUGACGUCCAAGCCUAACAUUUGUAAAAAGAACGAUAGUCGGGUGGCCUUUGAUAAUUACUCGUCAAUUCAACACAGACAACAUGUGAUCCAAAAAGAUGCAAUCUGAUUGGCUCAGCACACGCAAGGUCUUUACGCGCCCAGUCAUUGGCUGGCUUAGCGACAACGCAAUCCUAGUAGUCAGAGCUUAAAAACGUUACUGAGUUUUUCAUCAUUUUGAUCGGUCAGUUGAACCUAGCGUUUUCCAUAUCGAAGUGUUUCUGGUUUCAACGUCUGAAGAAUGAGGAAAAGAAUAUUGGAAGGCCAUACGAGAAUCGCGUUUUCUAAACAAAUAAGCCAUAAUUCAUUUGUUUUAUUUUCACAGAUGAUUUAGCUGUAAUCUAUAAGCAGGAUAUAAUUUUAAAACUUUACCUCAACUUCGUAGCUCAAGUAACCUAGAUAGAGCGUUCACACUAUUAAAAAGAACUAAGCAUUCAAUUGGAAAAUCGACUAGUUUUAUAAUCUGAUGUCCCUAAUCUCUUGAAGUAUAUGAACCUUUCACAUUUUGGUUUUAAAUGAUUGCUGUUCUUUACGAAUUCUCUUAAUUGACGUACCAUAACAUUGAUUUUAAUAACCUUUGCUCUGUCAAAAUAUAAACAGUAUUACUAUUUGUUUUGUUUGUUAACUUAAAUGUUAUAUUUUUUUUGUCUUCACUUUGGUUAAUUUUCGUUUAAAUCUGUUCACUUUAAACUGCGUUCACUUCCUACAAUUCACGCUUUAGUUUUACACAUCCGUUCCUUCACUUAUCUCUAUGCUUACCUGCUUCCAGCUUUUAGUAUCCUGAAAGAGCAUUGUUUUUAACUCUGAACGUGCAGUGAUGAAGUUGAUGAUUAAAACCGCUCUCUAAAUCAGGAGAUUUUCUUUACGUCUUCACCAGCGUGGGUAAACAACAUUUUCAGUCACACUUAGGCCUUCAGUUACAGGCACAAAAGGAGAGCCACCUUGCACAGCAUAAUAGACAUUACCACAAGGAAACUAUUGGUCAUCAGCUUUCAGCUGAAUAGUCACACUUUAGGAUUUUGCCCACAGGCGCAAGUGUUAGAAUCACCCUGUACAGCAAAAUAAACAGUACCACAGUAGAAUACUGCUCAGUAGCUUUCCGUUGAAUUGUCGCACUUAAAGAUUUCACCCAUAGACUCAAGUGUUAGAAACACCUUGUUCAGCAUAAUAAACAGUACUCAGCAACUUACUGCUCAGUAGCUUUCAUUUGAGUGGUGUGUGCUUUAGGCUGGCUUACACAGCAUCAUAACCAACACUACAGAAAAGUACUGUUCGCGCUUUACAACUUCGUUUCGUGGAAUCUUUUUCUGCAAUCUUGAGGAGCAUUUGUUCUGCCAACAAACCCGAAAGCAAUAAACCAUCUUGUCUUCUGGCCUUUCCAGUCUUACUAAAAUCUCACGAGGAGUCCUGGCGUCUUUAACCGAGAAAGAUAUUUCCGUCUAACUCUGUGCUCUCAAUCUCGAAAUCCUCCGAGUUUUGAAAUCUUAAAAUGUAAAACCUUCAUGCAUGUUAAACGUUUUAUUUAAAGCUUAGGCCAGCCUCUUGAAGUACCUCUCAUACACGGGAUAUAUGGUGCAGAGUAAGUAAAGUAAAGGCUUUUAUANAAGGAAACUAUUGGUCAUCAGCUUUCAGCUGAAUAGUCACACUUUAGGAUUUUGCCCACAGGCGCAAGUGUUAGAAUCACCCUGUACAGCAAAAUAAACAGUACCACAGUAGAAUACUGCUCAGUAGCUUUCCGUUGAAUUGUCGCACUUAAAGAUUUCACCCAUAGACUCAAGUGUUAGAAACACCUUGUUCAGCAUAAUAAACAGUACUCAGCAACUUACUGCUCAGUAGCUUUCAUUUGAGUGGUGUGUGCUUUAGGCUGGCUUACACAGCAUCAUAACCAACACUACAGAAAAGUACUGUUCGCGCUUUACAACUUCGUUUCGUGGAAUUUUUUUCUGCAAUCUCAAGGAGCAUUUGUUCUGCCAACAAACCCGAAAGCAAUAAACCAUCUUGUCUUCUGGCCUUUCCAGGCUUACUAAAAUCUCACGAGGAGUCCUGGCGUCUUUAACCGAGAAAGAUAUUUCCGUCUAACUCUGUGCUCUCAAUCUCGAAAUCCUCCGAGUUUUGAAAUCUUAAAAUGUAAAACCUUCAUGCAUGUUAAACGUUUUAUUUAAAGCUUAGGCCAGCCUCUUGAAGUACCUCUCAUACACGGGAUAUAUGGUGCAGAGUAAGUAAAGUAAAGGCUUUUAUAAAAUAAGCAUAAUCUAACGGGCACUACAAUUGGCUAAAAACUAUUGGUUAGUUAACCAAUCACUCUGGUUGUUCUUUUAGUAAACAGAGCGGAAAAGUAUCAUCCGUUGUUAUAGCAAAUUAAAGUUUAAUUGUUAGACAUUAAACGAAAUACAAAUCGCUUUUCUUACAAAUGGAGAGUGGUCUAUCCCUCGACGCCCCCUUCCCCCUCACCCUCCGCCUUUCCAUGGCAUUCUGCCAAUUUGAUUUUUGUGACGUCAUACUUUGAUUGCCGCUAUCGCUAAUUUUGUAUAAAAGGAUGGCGGCGACCUUUUAGUGUCCUAAAAGUUGAAUUUUUAAGGGGAGGAGGACGAUAGUUACUAAGUUUUUUAAUUUCCUUACAAUAGCACGAGGAAAGGGUGUCAAAUUUCGUGAAAGCAAGAGAAUGUCAGCUAAGGAUAUAAGUAAAGUGCUUGCUUGCAUACGUUGCUUGUACACUUAACCAUCACUUCAGUUUCAACAUGCAUAUGCACAGCAUUCGUUUAUUCAUUCUGCCGACCCAUUAUUUUUGUUCUUCCUGUUUAGAACUUUUUUUUGUUUUUUUCAUUGUGGGUAAAAAAUUUAUUGACUUUAAAUUCAAAGUUAUGGUCAAGAGGUGACUGUUUUAAAAGUAAGGUUAAAAAGGUGAAUAUUCUUAGAAUGGGUGUUGUAAAGGGCUAAUGGUUAUGUAAGUGAUUAUACCAAAACAUGUUGGUUAUUAAAAUAGUUUUUAUCCAAACAGACCACGAUAAAUGCGACUUAAAACUAUGGCUUUUGCUUCAACUGACACAUUUAACGACUGUGGUCGACGUCAAGACCAAGACCCUGUUUACAUGGAGUGGGGGACCCCGGUCUAGUGGGGUAGGUUUCUUUUGUUUUGUGUCCCUCAGAGCGUGAAAACAAAAGAAACCAACCCCACUAGACCGGGGUCCCCCACUCCAUGUAAACAUAGAACCGCAAGAGAGUGCUGCUCAGUAGCUUUCAUUUUUAAUUGUCAUACCUAUAUUUUAUCAGCAAGAAACGAAGAAGUUAGAACCAUUGUGUUCAGCAUAAUAAUCAGCAUUCCCCACUCCUCAAACUUUAGGAAGAAUGGGUACAAGCUUUGGGUACAGUGCUUUGUGGGAUCUUUUGCGUGGAUAAACGUUAGUUAUCAUUGGUCAGUGGUAUCUAAGGCAACCGUUAACCAGUUACAAGUAACGCUUGUCCAGCCAAAUCAGGAUCCCAGAAAUCAUUGCGCCGAAAGCUUGUACCCAUUCCCCUUAUUUCUAAAGUGGGGAAUUAACAUUUGUUCCAACUUCCCUUUGUGUUGUAGGAAACAGAGGCGAGAGAGUGACCCCCGUCCCGCCUGGAUGAGAACCUUGCACUCAACAGCUGCAAACUGGCUUAGUAUGAUACCAAAGGUACAAAAAAAUACUCGUAAAGUACACGAUUCUGAAGCCUGAUUCACACAGUAAGAUUUUGCAGGGAGAUAAAAAAAAAAUGGGAAGUGUUGUGUGCCUUCCCUUGCACUGAUUUUUGACCCUAAGUUGAACGCAUGGAAAAGGCUUAGAUUUUCUUUGCUUUUGCACGAUUGCACUUUGUUAUUAGUUGUCAAAAGUACAUGUAAUACCGCAACCUUAGCCAAUCAAAUUGAAACUAACUCCAAUUGUGACUAGGCCUAUCGGGUUUUCUUUCUCUUGAUAGCAGUUACCUAUAUACACGUAUUUCUGAAGUUCGAUUACCCCAUGAUUGCCUAUUUCAGAAGCGAAUGGGAGAAGGGGUACAGGCUUUAGGUGCAGUGCUCUCUGGGGUCGUGUGAGUGGUCAAACGUUAGUUAUGAUUGGUCGAUGGUAUUAAACCAUAACCAAUCAUAAGUAAUGCUUUCCCAACCAAAUGAUCCCAGAAAUCUUUGCGCUGAAAGCUUGCACCUAUGCCUUCACGGAAUAGUGAAUUGGAUUGUUACAUCUAUUUGUCAUCGGCAAGUAAGAUUGACUGCUUUGCCCUUUCACUCUGCCAUUUCUCGGUUUAAAACCAAUCUUACUCGUGUAACAUUUUUUUUGUAGGAUUUGACGCCGUUAAAACGAACAUUGGACAACAUCAAAGAUCCACUUUUCCGCUACUUUGAACGUGAGGUAAGUACCAAGUAUCCCUUGCAGUUUUAAAAAAAUUGCGCCAUUAAUGCGUCGUCGUCUUGUUUGGGUAGAAACUUCGGAACUUUUACGGUAAUUUAUAUUCUUGGAUCAUAUCCUCGAAACCUUUUUGCUUGACAAGAUUUGAUAUUUGAAGAAAUAAGUUAAAUUUAUUACUUUUCUAGGUCAAUACUGGCUACCAGCUUUUGAAUACCAUCCGAGAGGACCUUAAUCAUGUGGUGCUCGUUUGUGAAAGCCAAAAGAAGCCUACCAAUUACCUGAGGAAUCUUAUGAGCGACUUGGUUAAGGGUAAGAGUCGCUUUUUUUACACUUACUAAGAAAAUAAUUAUCAUCUACAGUACCAACUUAAUUACCCAGUUAAUCACCGGUUCCCGACGGUCCUACGGGAGAUUUUUUAGCCAGUGCCGGGCUUUCAUCAGACGGAAGGGACGUCGCGAGAACAAGUCAAGCGAGAUAGGAUGUGCGUGAUGUCAGGGAGGGGUCGGUGGCUCCUUCGCUUUUUUCGCAUGAGUUUUCGCGAUCGCGAUCUCUGCAUAUUACUGUCUUGGAGCCUGAUACAGGCUAGCGAUUUUUAAGCCAAUCCUCAAACGUGAAAGUGCAAAACAAAAAAAAAACAAAAUUACUUUCGAUAUUUACAAAUGUAAGAAAAACCGCGUUAGAUCAACUGUCGUUCCUUUGUGUAAUUUCAGGUAUUUUGCCAUCUAACUGGAGACGCUAUACCGUUCCAAAAGGCCUGACAGUCCUUCAGUGGGUAGCAGACUUCAGUGACCGAAUUAAGCAGCUUCAGAAGAUCUCCCAUGCUGCCAACACGGGUGGAGCCAAGGGCCUUAAGGUUAGCUUUUCCGACAUUCAGCCAAAAACCAAAAAAAUGAUAAUAAUUUUAGCCUUCACCACAGACGAAACCAAACCCCUGGGUUAAGUUCAUCUGCGAGCCAGCGCCGAAAUUCUUUUUCUGGGCCGCCAGUUUUGUACUAGAAUUUGAGUACGCACCAUAAUUGGCCUGUUAAGAAAACGAUUGUUCGACCGGUUCGCAGACGUUGCUGGUCGUGAGUUGCUAGCCUGCGACGCAGGCUUUUUUUAAUUGUUGCAUGUGUGUAAAGGAAUGCAGUUGUUCUUUGCAUCUUAAACCCUAUGACUGAAAAAAAGAAAUCAUAAAGAAGAGAAAAGACCUCUAUUGUUGAACAAAUUCUCAUCACUACCUUAGGAAAUGUGCGGAUAGCAGUGUGGAGAAUGUACAUCAUGCUGACACUAAGGCUCCGCCCUUUAGGCCCCAAUAUCCACACACAAAUUCUCCCAACUGGUCCCCAUACCAUUCCUUAAGAAGUUAUUUAAGAGAAGUUAAUAAAAGAUCAAGGCAUUUUCCAUUUUGUGAUCAUUUUGUAAAUUCUCCUAACCUUUUCUCAGGAUUAUGUAUUGAUAUUGUCAGGAAAAACUGUUUGUCACUCUUGGAAGUUAAAUAGUUAAAGAGUUAACUUCCUAAAUAGACUGUGAAUGCUAUUGAAGAAGCAUGACAUGUUACUGAAGCAGCGCAAAAAAAUCCCUGGAUUCUCUGGCUGUCGCUCGGAGAAAAGUACCCUUUUUUGCUUUACAUCCUAUCGCUUGUCUAAAGUUGUUUUGAUUUUGCUCUUAGAACUUGCAUAUUUGGCUGGGCGGAAUGUUUGUCCCUGAGGCAUACAUCACAGCAACCCGUCAGUUCGUUGCACAGGCGAACAAUUGGUCCCUGGAAGAACUAACAUUGGAGGUAACCUCUUUCUUUUUCUCCUUUUUUUUGUUCUUUCCUUUCUCUUCUUUCCCUCCCCCCGCCACCCCUAUAUUUUUCAUUCGUCUUCUUCUUUUGUCUCUGAUUGAAAAAACUCAACUAAAGAUAGUGCAGUAUUUAUAUUUAGUGAAAGGUAGUGUUCUUCGUCUCGUGUUUAUUGUAGGCCUGUUUAUCGUUAAUGUCACGAAAGUAACUUUCUUACCCAUUGUACUUAACAAAAGAUCUCUACAAUAAACUUGUUGAACCGAAAAUUCCUUCUUGUUUGUCUUUACUCCUCGCUGAAGUGGAGAAAUUAUCUUGAUUAUCUUUUUUAAAAAAUCUCUUCUAAGGUGACUAUUGCAAAUGGACCCGACGAUCGCCUUACCAUUGAUGACUGCAGCUUUGGAAUUAAAGGUUAUACUCAAGUAUUAGCUCUUAACGUUAAGUGGCAAAAUAGCUAAAAUAAGCUAGAUGUAUGAAAGAACCGCUUUUAGUCUGAGUUAUCAGUAACAUCAAACUGAAUGGUUCAUAAUAAAAUACAAUCAGAAAACUAAUAUAAUUUGAUCACCAACACCGUAAGGGAGACAUGUGGAACGUCUAGAACUCCUCCAGGCUUUUCUUUUUCGAUGACUCCAUGUGCAGUCUCCUUUUGGUGUCGAGGCUGCAGGAUUCAGUUCCCUUAGAGUGGGAAGACGGGGCGAAGAGUGACCCUGGGAACGAGAUUGGUUGUCUUUCAGUCAUUUUAAAAGGGUGAUUGAUUUCUCGCAGGACUUCGACUCCAAGGUGCCCGUUGCCUUGACAACAAGUUAGAACUGACAGCAACGAUUUUGACUGAUCUGCCGCUGACCAGUCUGAAGUGGAUCAGGUAAAAAAUGUUUUAAUGCGUUGUUCAAUUGAUAUUUUUGUUCUGCGGCCUCGUGAGCUCUUUCGUUAGGAUAAAAGAUUGCUGAUCAUUGUUGGUAGAGGAAUUUUAUAAUUAUUGCUAAAAAGGUCUAAAAAUGUAGUCAAGGCGGUGUAGUGUUUGUUGAUGCCAUGGUAUUCUUUGAAGUGCCAGUGAAAAGAGGUUGACGCAAGGAUAGACAACAAAACCCUUAAUCAUUGCAUUCUGUUUUUUUUCCCUUCUUCUUUAGUUACUGUUUGAAUUUUUUCUUUUUUUGUAUUGUGCAUUUCUUUAACUUUACCUUGAGGCAGUUGCGGUUUAGAUUAAUCCCUGUUGCUCCGCCGACUUUCUGAGCUUGGCCACCUCCUUUAAGAUCUUACAAGGUGGCAAUUGAGCUUGUCUAAGGACAGCGAAAGGCUUGAUAACAUUCUUGCGUGUAUGUCAGGUAUGUAUCUGCCAUACAGUCAUUGAUCGCGUAUUUUAUGGUAUAUUUUUAGGGUUGAACCGGGAACUGACCAUUUACUCGAAGGAAAGGUAUGUGUAACUGUUUUAGUUAUUAACGUUUAAUUUAUGUCCUGUCAUAUCUUAUAUCUAGCCGGAUUCUUGAAAACGAACGUGCCGAAAUCUGCUGUCAUUUGAGUGCAAACUUUAAGAUGCUAAAAAUCAGGGGUUUUUUGCGUCCGAUGUGCCAACGAGCGUGACAAUAAUUUUGUUUGAAAAAAACUUUUCGCCCAACUUCACCCUCCUUGAAACAGAUCUUUUUGUAAAAGACCCGAAAACAUUAAUGUAAGUGAAGAUCACGACAACACACGCAAGUAAUAGCCGUGUUACGUUUUUCACCCACAAGCGUUGUGCCGUCUUUUUCUUUCUGCAGGUCACCCUACCAGUGUAUCUCAAUCAAACACGUACCGAGCUUCUGUUCACUGUUGACAUGGCAACUAGAGGUGAACCCGCUGGUCGAGAGCAUCGCUUUUAUGAGCGCGGUGUGGCUUUCUUAGCAUCUUCCCUGAGUGGUUAA